AUGCCGCGCUGCUACAUGGUGAAGAAAGGCGUGCAGAGGCACGAAGGCCCUCCACCCUGCAGCCCGACGGAGGCCAGCGUGGCGCCGCCCUGCUACAGCCCGGCUGAACACUCUGCACUAACAGAACCGCGAGCGGCGGAGUAUGCGGAGUUGGGCGUGGCGCAGUGCCCGGUGGGCGAGCGGUCGGCGGCCGACACGGAGGCUGCGCACGAGCUGCUGUCGCUGGCACAGAGCCUGCCGCCCCUGCCGCCCGCUGCCGUCGUCACCGUGCUCACCGAGCCUGUGUUGCCCGUCUAUACCUACACCAUACAACCCACUAACAUCUACAUACUCGCCGACGAGCCUCCCGAGCCCGUCUACACCACCGUGCAGACUGCCUCCCCCGUGCAAACCGUACAAACAGUUGAAUUUGUCGAGCCACAGGUCAAUUAUAUCACUUAUCAAAACGACGAGGCUCCGGCAGAGUAUAUCGAGCAGUAUGUUGAACCCUUAUCCGACUACACGACAGUACCACAAGAGAUCAUAAUAGAAACAACGACCGAAACUGACCCGGAGCCUGAAGAAGAGUCGCCGCCGCCGCGCCGCUCGCUCUCACGCAAAGGAAAACCUGCCAAGUACGACUGCAAUGAAUGCGGUAAGCGCUAUGCGACCUCUUCGAAUCUCUCACGACACAAACAGACCCAUCGCAGCUUGGAUUCGCAGUCGGCCAAGCGGUGCGGCGAGUGUGGCAAGGCGUACGUGUCGAUGCCGGCGCUGGCGAUGCACGUACUGACGCACCGCAUGGGCCACGUGUGCGGCGUGUGCGGCAAACAGUUCUCGCGGCCGUGGCUGCUGCGCGGGCACCUGCGCUCGCACACCGGCGAGAAGCCGUACAGCUGCGCCGAGUGCGGCAAGGCGUUCGCCGACCGCUCUAACCUGCGCGCACACCUGCAGACGCACUCCGCCGACAAGAAGUACGAGUGCGACCGGUGCGGCAAGAGCUUCGCCCUCAAGAGCUACAUGAACAAGCACCAGGAGGCGGCGUGCGUGCGCUCCGACGAUGAGUAG